AUGCAGAGGCAGAAGACUUGGCCAUAUGAAGCACAAGGAAGAAUCGAAGCCAAAUAUCCGGGUGAAUCUUCGGCCGACAUCCACUGCCAUAUGAAAAAGAAGACUUGGCCAACAAAUCGAACGGCCGCCACUUCACGUCCCUCCCCUUCAUCCGAAAAACUCGCGCUAGGAGCAGCAACGCCGUUCCCCUUCCAUGAGCCGUCGACGGUUCUCCCAGCCGAGUCGAGUUCCUUACAGCAGCCCCCGUCCGCCAUCACCACCGAGGACUCAGUCCAUGAGUCGACAGCCGUUCGACGUGGCAAUCUGACCGUUUGUCGCCGAGAAGUUCGUUCAAAGUAG